AUGGAUUAUCUAAUAUGUUCUUCUGUUAUCACAGGAACCCCAUGUGGAGCAAGUUGUGCCCCAAGUUGUGCUCCUUCGUGUACUGAUUCUUGCUGCUCUCAAGGUCCACCUCCCCCUCCAUUGGCACCCCCAAUGCCUCCUCCAAUGCCUCCUCCAAUGCCGAUGCAGCCCCCACAGCAGUGUGCUCCACAAUGCACCGACUUCAUGUCCAUGGCACCACCAGCAUCUCCAUGCCCACAGCAAUGCGUAGAAACCAGCUGCUGUGCCCCACCACAAGCUCCCCCUCCUCCUCCUCCWCCACCACCACCACCACCACGAAUGCCUCCWCCACCAUGCCCACCAGGCUGUCCAUCUGCCUGCUAUCCAAAAUGCAGCCCAGUAUGCUGCAAUCCACCACCUCCACCACCACCUAUGCCACCUGCAAUGCCAAUGCAAUGCCAGCCCUCUUGUGCUCCAUCAUGUUGCCAGGGUGCACCAAUGGGCAUGCCGAUGCCUCCUCAACCAAUGAUGAUGCCCCCACCUCCAAUGAUGAUGCCCCCACCUCCAAUGCCCAUGCCACCACCUCCCCCCAUGUUCAUGCCUCCUCCUCCCCCGAUGUUCAUGCCUCCUCCAAUGCCUAUGGCACCCCAAACAUGCCCUGCCCCAUGCUCUAGAUCUUGCGCACCCAAGUGCAAGCCAGAAUGCUGUGACAGAAAGUAAGAAUUCGAACUUCAAUUUAAACUUCGACAGCCAACCAAUAAACAGCGACCACUAUACAAAUAUAAGGACAUUUUUUAACAUCUCGAAAUAAAGGGGCGAGAUGAGGAYGGGAAAUUAAGGGCCAUCUAAGCAACACGAAGACGAUGAAGCUAAAGACAACUGAUAAACAUUGCUUCCUCAAGACCAAACGACUUCAUCUUCUAUUUUAGAUGAUGACUCAGCAUUCCCAGCCAAGCAGAUUUGUAUUUAAAGAUACAAUUGUAUAAAUAACUGGGAUUUGAUACCAAAUAUAUUUAAUUGUAAUAUAUUGAACUUCGUAGCCAAACAAGCCGGAAAACGAUUCCUAUAGAUUAAGUACAGCGAAUGAUAAAAUACUUGUAAUUCUUUGUGUGGAUUUCCAAUAUUUGAUGUGCACAUAUUUUAAUGUGCCUGAAGUUUUCGUGUGUGAUUUGUCAUGUAUUAACAUCGACACAGAUUUACUUCUAAGACUGCAUGAACGUAUUUUAUGGGGAGGUAUUUAUUGUACAUUAUUUUAUUAAUACGUAGUCGUGUUGGAUUAUUUGCUGAAUAUGUAGCGUUUAGUAAUUGUUGGAAUUCAAUAGACAAAUAAAGCACUCCUUUGGAUCAAAAUA